AAGUGGGGGGGACAUUGAUCCCGUGCCCAAGUGUGCCCGUACUUUCCUUUGGGAAUGUGUCGGAGGCCGGGAGUCUAGCCCCGAGGGAUUCCACUACAUUGUCCUGGUUACAGGGGCUGGAACCAGUUUAUCACUAUGUGGGUAUAACCAAAACUGUGCAUUUUGCACCCUCUAUGUCAUUUCUGAUGGACUGUUAAUAAAUGGAUUGUUUGCAGCAGCUGCCCAGGGGCACACCUGACACCUCAGGUAACAACAUGAACAUUUAAUUCAUAUGUGCAAUGUAAGAAGAAACCUACAUCCCUAGCUUUAUUCUUUCCUGUGCCACUGAGGCCAAAAUUGGCUCGUCCUUGCUUCUCACUACCUCAUCUGGAAUCAGUCAUGGCUGACGACUCUCAGAGGAAUUUUCGCUCAGUGUAUUAUGAAAAAGUGGGGUUUCGUGGAGUUGAAGAAAAGAAGUCACUGGAAAUUCUGUUAAAAGAUGACCGUUUGGAUAUUGAGAAGCUUUGCACAUUUAGUCAAAGGUUUCCACUCCCAUCCAUGUAUCGUAUACUGGUGUGGAAAGUGCUUCUAGGAAUUAUUCCUCCUCACCAUGAAUCUCAUGCUUUGGUGAUGAAGUGCCGAAAGGAGCAGUACUGGGAUAUACACCAUGCUCUUCGUGUAAUUCGCUUUAUUAAUGAUUCUACCCCACAGGUGGAUGUUUUCCUGCGCAUCCAUCAACUGGAAUCAGGAAAAUUGCCUCGAAACUUGGCUUUUGCAUUGGAACCUGAAGAUGAAGUGUUUCUUGUUAUUGCUAAAGCAAUGGAGGAAAUGGUGGAGGAUCCUGUAGAAUGCUAUUGGCUUGUCAGUUGCUUUGUGAAUCAGCUGAACAGCAAGCACAAAGAUUCCUUGCAACAACUGCCAAAAGUUCUGGAGCAGUAUUUGAACAUUGAAGAUAACAGACUCCUGAUGCAUCUGAAAGCAUGUGCUGCAAUGAGCAAGCUCCCUUAUGAUCUUUGGUUUAAAAAGUGUUUUGCAGGAUGUUUACCUGAGUCCAGUUUACAGAGGGUUUGGGACAAAGUUAUUAGUGGGUCCUGCAAGAUUCUCGUUUUUGUUGCUUUGGAGAUAUUAUUAACCUUUAAAAUGAAGAUAAUAGCGCUAAAUACUGCAGAAAAGAUCACACAGUUUUUGGAAAAUAUUCCUCAAGACAACACUGAUGCCAUUGUCAGCAAAGCUGUUGAUCUGUGGCGCACACACUGUGGGACUCCAGCACACUCAGUCUGAGAACUCUCUUCGCUUGUGACAGCUUGGGGAAAAAAAAGACAUUUGAAAAGAUAUUAUACCACUCUUGCCCCAUCCUAGUGUGAUGUUCUUCAUUAACCUAUGUAAAAAUGCUAUUAAAACAUUGUGACCAAUUGGCAGAGACUGAAAAGGUUAAUGAUUUGCGCAUUCUAGAAUCUCCAGGGGACUUUUGCAGGCUGGGAAGAGGCGGCUGCUCACCCAGCAGGGCCCAUCCCCUGACCAGUGCUGCUGAGGGGUCGAGUCCUGAAAAGGCAGGAAGUGCCAUAUUUGCCAUGCCCUUCUCAUGAACUCUGCAUGUCUGGCCUGGGCUGUCAGAGAUGUUGGAGGCUUGUGGCACGCCCGUCAAAGCCCAUCCCUGCACCAGUCCUGAAAGGCGGGAAAAACCCUUUUACCAUGCCCCUCACAGGAGCUCUGCGCAUGCCCAGGAGACGUUGGAGGCUCGUUGGAGGCUCGUUGGAGGCUCGUUGGAGGCUCGUUGGAGGCUCGUUGGAGGCUCGUGGCACGGCCCAUGACACUAUUCUGUGGUAAAACUCCCCGCCUUUGGGAGGUACAAGGUGUUCUGGAAGUAUAUAAUAACUCAUAACUUCUUUGAGUGUGUGGGCCUUCCUCCCCCACCCCAAUGGAUCAAGACCACCACUUCAACUAAUAGACGUGGAAGCUGCAACUACCAAGUUUCAUCGCUGGACACUGUGUGCAUUGACUAUAUAUAUCUUUCCACCUUUAUCCUUUCUUUCCCCUUCUCUCCCUUUCUCUCCCUUAUGCAUUUCCUUAAGUGUUAUCCUAAUGAUUGCUGUAUUGCUAUAGAUGAUAGAUAUAGAUGGUAACACCCAAAAUGGCACCAUACCUGUUUACCUUUGAAACAAAUUAUUCUAAAAUAAACCCUACAUAUAUAUGUUUUCAAACACCAAUUAUUCAGUGUCAUUUUCACUCUAAUCCACCUCAAGGGAUUUAUUAAUAAGAACCUGGGUAACCCACCCCUCCUUUCCGGGGUGGGUCACAACACCAAUAUGUAAAUAUUUUUCAAUAAAUACUGGUGGAAUGAA